AUGGUUCAUAACAAUUUAGAGAAAAAAAGAAAAAAGAAAUUAAUAAGGACGGAUCAAGAGACUGUGAUAAUAAAUGCAACCUGCGUGUGGGCUGGUGGUAUUCCUGAUGUCCGCUUUCAGAAUGACCAAAACCAGAAUAUUAUCCCAAAAGAGCUACUAAGCUAUGAUGUCAGUAAAGGAAAUGUAGAAAGUCUUGUUGACAAGCUCUUUCCAGACCAUGGACCAGAUCCCAAAAUAUUUGAUUUUGUCUUUAAAGAUGGCAACCAUUUUGUAUCUUUCUGGAAUGGUUUUUGCAUAGAUGGAAACCUAUAUGUGGAAAUACCUGAUGGAAAUCUUCCUGCUGGAAGCAGAGAGUGUUUUGUGGCUCUGUUGGAAUAUGCAGAAGAAACUCUUGGUAUUAAAGCUAUGUUUCUUUGUAUACCAAAAACAAGAGAUGAUCGAGCUGAGAUACUGAGAACAUUCAUGUUUAUUGGGUUUGAAAUUGUCCAUCUCAAGUUUUGUUCAUUUUUGCCACCAAAUGACAAAUUUAUUUUUAUGGCUUAUUCAUUGGAAUGAUGCGUGGCAUUUUGUCAUGUGGGAGAACGUCAUCAUUAAUUGCUUCAUUUGAAGUUUUCUUUUUCAUUUAAUUUUUAAUCGAUGCGUGGAAAUGAUUUUUGUUUAAAUGUAAUUUCUCCGACAGUGUUGAAUAAUUCAGAACCCUUUACUAAUGCCAGAAGUAAUGAUUUUUGCAUGGUUUGUUAUUGUAUCAAUUGCUCAUUGAUUUUACCUCGAAGAAAAAUAUCUACCAUGAAGUGGCAGUGCAAGUCAUAUGACAUUUGAAAACAAAACUUCUUUGCUUUGAUUUAACCUGAAUGAUAUUGUUGUUUUUGUGACGUAGAUUUGUUUGUUUUUCAGACAUAUAAUGAAGGUCGGUUUUCAUUACAUGUUGUACAACAAAGGCAACGCAAGCGAUGUUGUGCAACAAAUGUUGUAGAGAUAGAUUUUUUUCUACCUCGACAACAGUUGCACAACAUCUGUGUUGCACAACAUCUGUGUUGCACAGCACUUCCUGACUUUAAUAAUGGAAAGCGACCUUAAGGAAUGAUUUUAUUUGCAUGUUGCAUGUUUUUAAUUUUUGUAUUUUCCUAACAUGAUUUAUCUUACUAAAAAAUACAAUUAAUAAAAAACGUAAUUCUCUUUGGC